CCUCGGAUAAACGUCACACAGGAUGUACCAUUUGGACCUUGGAUUAAGUUGGAUACUCAUUGAGGGCGUCAUUUAACUCACAGGUACCUUCGCGAACGGUCCCUCAGUCGCUGAAUUGCCUGGAACCUGACAUAAACAAGAAGAGAGACGUGGAACCGAAGAACCGCCUCAGCUAUUCGGUAAAACACUUCUUGAAGUUCCUUAAGAUGAACUCUGAUAUAUAGCUGAUAUAUAACUUCAGAGGUAAAAAAAACAUGGAUGAAGAGGGAACACAGAGGAUGGAAGAAAGCCACGAGAAAAGCGUCAAGGCCGCGCCUGAAGGCCAGGCCAAGGACGGUGGCAAAGAUAUAUUUAAACUCGACGAGUCCGGGGGUGUCGCCGGUGUCAAAAGCUUCGAAGACAUAUUGGAUAUCGUUGGAACAAACGGGAGAUGGAAUAUGGUCAUCUUCCUUCUCUGCAGCUUGUCCACGUUCAUGUCAACCCUCCAGUCGAUAACUUACGAGUUCCUGGGCGCCACUCCCGAGUAUUGGUGUCAUGUCGGUCCUCUUGUCGAGGCCAAUUGGACGCUGGAAGAGAUUCUCGAUCUUUCCCUUCCUUCGAGGAAUGUAACAGAGCUUAAGUUCUGCGAGUACAAUGACCUCAACUACACUCAUGCGGCACUAUUAGGCUACAAGGAGUCCAUAGAGCAGAUAGACAUGCUGCCCACUGGAAACGGCGACACUAGACCCUGCCCCUCUAGAACCUUCAAUACGAGUCAGUAUACGUCCACCGUUGUCACAGAGUGGGACUUAGUAUGCGAAAGUCGAGCUCUGUAUUCGACGACGCAGGCAGCCUCGCAGGCAGGCAUCCUCAUCGGGGCAUCGACAUUUGGAUUUCUCUUGGACAAAUUCGGCCGUAGACGCAUCAUCCUGAUUUGUGUGUUCCUCAGUCUCGUGUCGGGGUUGGCUGCUGCUGCCUCGCCGUCCUUCAUUUUCUACGUCAUCAUGAAGACGUUGGUGUCCUGUUUCAAUUUCGGGUGUUACACCGGCUGCUUCAUCCAAGUCAUGGAACUAUUUUCGCCCAGUCAGAGAUCGUCCUUGGGAAGCCUUUACGUGCUGCCCUGGGCAUUUGGCUACAUGUUGGUGCCGGGAAUAGCAUACAUCAUCAGGUCUUGGAGGUGGCUGCAGACGGCCUACAGCAUGCCUGUUCUUUUGCUCUUUUCUUACUAUUGGCUCCUCCCAGAAUCUCCACGGUGGCUGACAACUCAUGGUCGCCAUGAGGAGGCUGUGAAGAUCCUCUCAGAUAUUGCCAAGUCCAACAAACGUCAUCUGCCUCCGGAAGAUGCUCUGAUUGUGUCCCUCAAAGGCAUGACGCCGCCGGUGACUGCAAAGUUUUUAAUUACAUCACAUUUCCUGGAAAAGGACUCACUGACUAUGUUUGUUGGCUUGUGGGGCCUCACUGGGACCUGUUGCCAAGCAUACCAGACUCCCGAGAAAGAGGAGAGCGAAGAGACGGACGCCGUCAGCAGAAUCAUCGAAAACCUGAAGCGGUUUCUGAUCCUGGUCCUGAAAUCCGAAUUCCGCUGGAAGAUCCUCGUGUGCUACUUCUGCUGGUACUCCGUCUCGAUGGUGUACUAUGGCAUUUCCCUGAAUUCCGGUAACCUCAGCACUGACCCUUACAUGUACGUCUUCCUUGGAGGCCUGAUAGAGGUGCCCUCGUAUGUCAUGCUGUGGCCUAUGCUGGCCUAUCUGGGGAGGAAGAGAUCAUUGGUAAGCCUGUAUUUCCUCUGCGCUCUGACGAUCUCCAUCAUCGCCAUACUCCUCGGGACUCAAGAUGAAGUUUCUACCGGCGUCAUCAUGUUUCUUUCCCUCUCUGGGAAACUCGCCAUCACAGCAGCCUUCCACCUGAUCUACGUGUUCACGGCCGAGCUCUUCCCGACCAAGUACCGCUCCCUGGCUGUCGGGGAAUCGAGUAUGAUGGACCUAGUUGGGGAGCCAUUCUCAUCCCCCGCCUAUAUCAAUGACGUUGCGUUGUGA